GAGCAGGUGUACUCUAGCUGUGUGUACAAGCUUAAAUAAAGACAUUGGGAGGGCUGUUAAUGUCUUAUAUAAAGCUGUGAACGGGGAGACACAAAACACUUCAACUUACAUUUUGACAAGAAGACUUCCUUCAGCAUGGGUUCUCUCGUCCGUGUGGUAGUGUGUGUCCUGGCGCUGGUGCCUGUGUGCCAAGCUCAGUGCUUCUUCCAGGGGCUGGAGACCAAAGAUUCCAAGACUCCAACAAAGGGGUGUGUGGAUAAGGAGGGGAAGCAGCAUGUGUUUGGUUCUUCAUGGGUGAAGGACUGCUACGACUGCUCCUGCUCCAUGGAAGGCAUCAGCUGCUGCAACACGAUCCCAGAGGUGGUAGAUCUCCCAGCAGAGUGUGAGCUGGUGGUGGACAGAAAAGCCUGCUCAUCCAGACUGGUGAUGAAGUCAGACAAGACCAAGGACUGUAACAGCCCCAUCAGUAUGGUCUUAUAAAAUGGUCUACAUGGUUGCAUGUACACACCAACAUGUAUAGAAGGAACUUACAUCAAAUAAAACAAGGCAACAGUGAA